AUGGUUAGUAACGGUUCAGUGACGGAGUUCAUUCUCUUCGGGUUUCCGGCUAUAAUCUCGGUGCAAGCUACGUUAUUUUAUGUAUUUCUUAUGUUUUAUGUCUUGACUCUUAGCGGAAAUUUCCUCAUCGUUGUUGUAACGUUGGCUUCUAAGGCCCUUCACAGUCCGAUGUAUUUUUUCCUUGGGAACUUGUCUGUUCUUGAGAUUUGCUACAUGUCCGUCACCAUUCCGAAAAUGCUUCUUAACUUCUUAUUGGAGACCACCAACAUUUCAUUCAAUGCCUGUGUAGCCCAAGUGUAUUUUUUCAUUGCACUCGGCAGCAUAGAGUGCUCUUUGCUUGCUGUAAUGGCUUACGACCGGUACGUCGCCAUAUGUAUUCCUUUACAGUAUGUUCUGGUCAUGAACACUAACACGUGUAUAGCAUUGGUCUGUGGCUCCUGGAUCAGUGGCUUUCUUCAUUCCAUGGUCCACACCAUCUCUACCUUUCAGCUACCCUUCUGCUCCUCGAACAGGAUAGACCAGUUCUUCUGUGACAUCCCUCCGCUGCUGAAGGUGGCUUGUGGCAGUAAGUUGGCCAGCGUGGUGGUUCUUUUUACCGUAGGAGGAGCUUAUGGAUUCGGUUCGUUACUUAUGACUGUAAUUUCCUACAUCCAUAUUAUUUCCACCAUUUUGAAAAUCAAAUCUACGGAAGGGCAGAAGAAGGCCUUCUCCACCUGCACGUCCCAUCUCACUGUUGUAACGUUAUUCUUUGGGACGUCAUUUUCUGCCUAUUUGAAUCCGACGUCAAAGUAUUCCUCGGAAGAAGUAAAACUGGUUCCUGUGUUUUAUGCAGUUGUUACGCCUACGCUAAACCCUAUAAUAUAUACACUGAGAAAUAAGGAGUUUAAGAACGCAUUUAGGAAAAUUAUAGCAAUUGUUAGAAGUUAUGAUAAAGAUUGUGGACAUGUCCAUUAAUAUUGAAAACCUGAGAUACAAAUCAUGCUAACCCUUGACAUUUGCAUCACUCUAACAAUUCGGAAAACACCUUGUGAAUAAAAUGUUUAUCUUCUAAGUGUACCGGUCAUUAUCAACAACUUUCUAUAUAAUGUAGAU